ACGGACAGGUGUUUCGAUGGAUUUCUUUCCUUAAAUGUCUUUUCAUGCGCCCUUUGUUUCAGGAAACGAAAACAUCACGCGGGAUACCUGGAACAUCUUGUGAAGAUGUUGUUGUAGAAUGUUGCUGAUCUGAAGCUCAAAUUGCACCAGAAUUUGACCCGUAUGUUACUGACAAAGAUUUUGAUAGCAUCUUUCCUGUUUAGUACAUCACAUGCGUACACUGCGCAAGAUCACGAUCGAUGACACUAGCAGAACAGCUGGAUUCACUUUCACCCGCAGCAAGGUGGAUAGACGUCGAGGCUACUGCAGCAGCGUAGCAUCCCAGUGUGGUUUAUUACUGGUGGUGAUCACUACAGUAGCAGCAGCGCUGUACAUAAAAGGCAGCUCCUCUAAGUCUGUUGAGGCGCCAAGUGCCGUCAGCUUUAACACACCUGCAAACAAAUUAGGCCUAGAUGAAGCGUCUCACCGCGUUGCACGACAGAGCAGCCCAGAUAUUGGCAACCAGACUGGAGAAACUGUGGCAUUGUUCCCCUGGGAACGAAUCCUUGUGAACAGGACCACAUGUAGCAACACUUGUGUGGGCCACAGCAGCAAUGGCAUCUGUGAAGAUGGCCGCGGUGGAGAUGGGAGGGUGUACUGUGAUCUGGGCACCGACUGUGCGGACUGUGGGCCAUGGACACAUGCCGUGCCCUGGUCGCCGGGGGAGUUGCAGGCUGCCUCGCCUGUCGCUGAUCUCCUGGGGCAGGGUGUGGAGGUGUACGUGAAGCAGACACGCACUGUGCCGCCCUUCCUCAUGCCCUACACAAACCCAAAGCAGGACGUGGAUGUCAGUGGCCAGAUGCACAUCAAUGGAAACAUUGAGCUGGGCUUGACGCAGGUGUGGUACACUCGCCUGAACGGGCAAUGUGUAGAGAAGGGAGGUGGAUCUGGGCAUCCCGGGAAGGGGGCAGAGCGCAGUGUGUCCGGGAGGGCAGGCAGGCGCCUCGUGGUGGACAUUGGCGCCAACUUUGGAUACUACUCGCUCUAUGCUGCAGCGCACGGAUGCAGGAGUAUUGACAAUGAGGGGGCCUAUGACUUCAUCACUGUGAAGGGGGAGCGGGUUGACUCUAUUGUUCAAGAGGAUGUGCUGCUGAUGAAACUGGACGUGGAAGGCUUUGAGCCAACAGCAUUUCAGUCAUCAAAGGGCAUUCUGGACACUUACAACCUCUUGAAGCAUGGGUUCACCCUGCUACAUGUCAGAGAUGAGCUGGUGGGAUCAUCACUGCUUGACGAGAACUUCCAGGGCACACUGCCGGCAUUUGAAGAGAUUCUUGCUGAGAACCUGGUUUACGACAUUGAGGAUGCACACAAGCUUCAAUCACGGACCAUGGGGUGCACACCGCCCACGGCGCUGUCAGACCGCUGGCCGCUGCACUGGGGCGGUUGCAACUUCAUCCCAGAGGAUCUGCACCCCAAGAGCUUCCGUGGAUACUUUGGCCACAACACCAACAUCUGGGCUGCCGCCACGCCCAAGGGAAUCAAUAUCAGUCAGCCUGUGGGCGUGCAAUCAUUGAGCCAGAAUGCAACAGAGUGGUAUGGGAGAGAUCCCGAGUACGGUGUGGGCAGAAGGGAGUGUAAAUACAUCAAGCCUGAGCUGCAGGUUCGGCAUCGCUGCAAGUGCCGAAACCAAACCAUCUGUGGAGAAGAAGCGCGGAUGGUUGAGAAAUAUGCCCUUCUUGGUGAGCUGGUCCCCAAUGCAGAACCAUCAGGACCAUUGGGUGAAGAAGAUUUUCUGUAGCAACAUGAGCAUGAACCUCUAAACUGCCAGGUUGGUCAGCUUAAUCGCAGUGAUCGACACUAGUUAACACUAGGCCCAUUGUCAGAUGCAAAUUGCACCAAACUUGAGUGUAAAGAAGCAUUGC